AUGCUCACCUUCUCUCCUGGAGAGCUUUCGACGAUUGCCGGGCCUCUCCAUGAUACGCUCCACCCAGCGACGAGUCAGUUCAAUUUUGCCGACUUGGCUUACCCUCCACAGAGCGUAAUGGAAGCAAUCUGGUACAAACCAGCGCCUGGCGAACCGUACCGCCCCCUCAUCGCCAUACCUAGCAAAGUCUUGGAGAUAGACCCCUGGGCUGGAAAUUGUACAGCAUUAUGGUUUACGGCGUACGCCCCACCAAGCGUUCUGAGACCAGCAACAGCACUUGCGCCUAUUGUCACUGCCAAAGAUCCUCAAAGCCCUCCAGUGGUGCCGAUACCCAGUCCCAUUCAUGACCCUGGAGCCAGAAAGACUGCCGUAGGCAACGAGCCGAUGCCUACACCUACGCAAGGUCAGAGUUCGCUCUUGCCGGAGAACACAACAGACCCAAAGCUAGGUCUUGGCCAAAGUGGAUCCGGUAGCGACCCUAAUGAUCAGGGUGGCACGGGUGAGGAAUCUGACCAAGGAGCGGAUCCAAGCCAGCCGAGUGAUCCAAAGCGACCGAAAAACGCAACGGGAAACAGUGGAGAUCCCGGACUAGUGACAGACCCCAGCUUGCCGAAUGAUCCAAAGCAAUCGAGUAAGGUAUUGGGAGGCAAUGGAGAUCCUGCGCCAGGCACGAACCCCAUCCUGCCAAAUGACCCAAAGCAGCCCAAUGAUGCAAAGGGCGGCAGUGGAGAUAGUGGAGAAGUAAAAUCUUCGAGCAGCCCAAGUGAUCCAAUCUCAGACCCAUCUGCGACCACAAUGGCAGUUGGUGACCACACUGUGGUCGCCGGCACUUCUGGGGUCCAAGUCGAUGGUGUGAAAGUCAAACCUGAAGUUCCAGCGACAAUCUCUGGAGUCGUUGCUAUCAAUCAAGGUAACAGCAUCGUGAUUGCCCACCAGAUUGUACCCCCGGCUACUCCGGCUGCUCCUGCCACAACAAUCGCUGGUCAUGCAAUUACCCCUCUUGCCGACGGCGUCUCGGUCGACGGCGCUGUGAUUACUGCUGGCGCAGCUGCCGUCGCGAUUGCCGUCUCUGUCUUAGGUACGGCAGUCUCCCUUGACCCAUCCUACAACCUUAUCCGGGGUGGCACCGCUCAAGCUCUGCCGUCUCCGACUCUUCUGCCUCUUAUUGGGGGUGCUCCUCCAAUCAUUGUAUCCGGCACCCGUGUAUCCCUCGGCGCAUCUGCUCUCGUUAUAGGCACCAGCACAAUUGCUAUCGCUCUAUAUUCGCUGCCCACAAUAGCAGGCCAAGUAACGACAAUAGCCGGCGAAGCCGUCCAGCGGCUCUCCAAUGGCAUUUCCGUCGCCGGUACGACUCUUACACCGGGUGCGCCGCCUAUCACCGUGCCCGGCACCCCCAUAUCGCUUGGCUCCGUAGCCCUCAUGGUAGGCAGCAGCACUGUUUCACUACCAGCUGAGGAGACAACGCCAUUCAUUACCACAGUGGCCGGCGAGGCCGUCACCGCCGCUCCAAAUGGUGUCGAGGUCGCAGGCUCUACCCUGUCUUCAGGGGCUCCAGGCGUGACCGUCGGCGAAAUUCCAGUAUCCCUGGAUCCAGCUGGUGAGGCAGUGGUUGGCUCGAAAACCAUAGCACUUGACGGUCCGAGGACAGGGGGGUUGGGUGGCUUUACAUUGAAGGUUUUGGGUCAAGGGGACCCUUUCCGUCGCCAGAAUCUCCGUUUGUCCCAGGAACCAACACGACUCCGGGUUCGGGAAACGGUACAGCUUUCGGUGUGCAACCGUUCCCAGGAAACGCACGUGGUUUCAUGA